AUGAAUUUUCCAUCACCAUAUGCACGUGUACUUCCACAUCAAAUUCAUCUUGGCAAACCACCUGAAACUCAGAGGACAGUUGAAGCUGAACAGCGAAAUCGUGUUGUAGGAUCUCUCUUAGGUCUUGCCGUAGGAGAUGCACUUGGAGCAAGUGUUGAAUUUCGAUCUCAUCAAUAUCUCAUGGUACAUCCCGUUGAAAAGAUGAAAUCUGGAGGUACGUGGGGCUUGAAAGCAGGUCAAUGGACCGAUGAUACUUCAAUGGCAUUAUGUCUCGCCUCAUCUUUACUAACUACGAAAAUGUUUGAUCCUUAUAAUCAAAUGGUUCGUUAUAAAUGGUGGUUCAAACAUGGUUUUCUCUCCUCCACUGGGCAUUGCUUCGAUAUCGGUAGUGCUACCCGUCAAUCAUUGGAUCUAUUUUAUCAGCGUCAAAAAGAACUCAUGAAAGCAUUAUCCUUAAGAACUGAGAAUGAUGUCGAUAAACUUUCUAUCGCUGAUGUUAAGUGUAAACAACCAAAAUUUGAUGUUAACUGCGGUCAAUCAGGUAAAGCUGGAAAUGGAGCUCUCAUGCGUCUUGCUCCAGUACCACUCUUCUAUUUUCGAAAUCCUUCUUUGGCCGUUGAAUUUUCUGGUGCUAGCGCACGUCUAACUCAUGGUGACACGAAAGCUGUCGAUGCAUGCCGUUACUAUGGAGCUCUUAUUGUUGCUGCUGUCAGUGGCGAAUCGCACGAAAGUUUGACCAAUAAAUCCUUCUAUGCUACUCACAAAGAGUGGUUCGGAUCUGAUGAGCUUCAUGAAGAAGUUCUCAAGAUAGCCGGAGGCUCUUAUCAAAAGCAAGGGGGUUAUGACAAAGGUAUUCGUGGUAAAGGCUAUGUUAUAGAUGCGCUUGAAGCUGCUUUAUGGGCUUUCUGGAAGUAUGAAGGAUCAUUUAAGGAUGGUGUCCUUGCUGCAGUCAAUCUUGGAGACGAUACAGAUACAACAGCGGCUAUUUAUGGUCAACUGGCGGGAGCUUGUUAUGGUGUGGAUCAUAUUCCGGCAGAAUGGAUUGACAAACUUUAUGCUAAAGAGUUGAUCAGGGACAUCGGCAGUUGGCUACACUACGAAGGAGGUUCAUCCAGUCCAGAAAACAAUCAACAAGAAGAAUCAUCUCAAAGCCAAGUUCGUUUAACAGAUUAG